UAAACUCCAAACUUCAAUUUAUGUUUUCAGACAGUGCCACGCUACAUCAGCCUGUACGGAUUUUAAAUGGCUUUUCUCGAUUUCUUCAUUCAAGUGAUACAGACAGCGUAAGUAGCUGUCAAAGUAUAAAAUCCCACGAAAAUUGUUCACCUCCAAGUCCUCUGUUAGAGUCGUACAAAAUCAGAAGCAUGUCCAUGGGAGAUGAAUUGGAAAUGGACACAGAUCAGAUUGAUGGAUCAGCCAAACGGCUGUUCAUGUCUCAAGCUGCUGAUACUCAUAGUUUCAAAAAGAUUAGAAAACCAUCCAGGUGUAGAGAAUGUGAUUCAUAUGUGUAUUUCCAAGGAUUUGAAUGUUUGCAGGUGAGAUCCAUUCUGUUUAUCUGUACGCUAUUGUGUUGGGGAACAUUUCUACAGUUCA